AUGCUCCGGCGCGUCCUCGCCAUCCACCCUUCCAUCCCCAGCCUCCCAAUGACAACAGCACGACCAAAAGCUGAACACCCCAAACCCCUCUUCAGCGGCAACAUCCCAGCCUUCCAAUACUACACCGAAGAUAUCUCAUCCCCAACAGCCCACAGCCGUAUUAUCCCAGCCGUAAAACACGAACACUGCGAACUCGAAUCCCACAGCCACAAGAUUCUCUCCUCAACAAAGCCAGACCAACAAACCCGCUUCCAAAACCAGUUCGUCUGGGAACUAGCUCGCCAUCUAAUCGGUGAGGAACUAGUGGUGUAUCCAGCCAUGAUCACCUCUCUCCCGGAUGGACAGGGAAUAGUAGAUAAAAACAGACUCGAGCAUCGCGCCGUUAAACAUCAGUUGAAGACUUUCCAGGAGUUAUCGUCUACGGAUCCGAGGUUCGUACCCACGCUUAAAGGGCUGAUGCGUGAUUUGGGGAUUCAUGCUAGACACGAGGAGGCUGUGGAUUUGCCUAGGCUUGAGGAGUUGUUGUCUAAAGAUGAGAGUGUGGAGUUGACCAAGUCUCUGGAUCGAGUUCAGAUCUUUGUUCCGUCGAGAGCGCAUCCGCUUGCGCCCACUGAGCCGUUCUUUGAGACUGCUGUUGGGCUUUUGACGGCACCGAUUGAUAGGUUGGCGGAUUUGUUUCGGAAGUGGCCUGAUGGGAGGGAGAAGGGGAAAAAGUAG